AUGAACUUCACUGCCCUGAAUGGUGUCAUUACAGCUGACCCUACAACGACAGAGGAGCCCCACAGCGUCUGCUAUUUUGUCCCCGUUCGUGGAGCUACAGGUGCCAGCGUGGCACCCUGUUGCCUGCUGCCCUUCCCCCUGCUGCUGCACCCUACUAACUCCUCUCUUGUUUUCUCUCCCCUUCUUCCUGGUCCCCCGGAGCAGCAGCGGCCAGUGAAGCAGUCUCUCAGCAAGUCCCUGUGCAGAGAGUCCCACUGGAAAUGCCUUCUGCUGUCCCUCCUCAUGUACGGCUGCAUGGGAGCCAUGACCUGGUGCCACGUCACCAAGGUGACCCGGCUGACCUUUGACAGCGCUUACAAGGGCAAGUCCAUGAUGUACCACGACAGCCCCUGUUCCAACGGCUAUGUCUACAUCCCCUUGGCCUUCUUGGUGAUGCUCUACGUGGUGUACCUGGUGGAGUGCUGGCACUGCUACACCCGCAACGAGCUGCAGUACAAAGUGGACGUGGAGAGCGUGCAUGAGCGUGUGCAGCGGAUGCAGCAGGCAACUCCCUGCAUCUGGUGGAAGGCCAUCAGCUACCACUAUGUCCGCAGGACCCGGCAGGUUACCCGCUACCGCAACGGGGAUGCCUACACCACCACCCAAGUGUACCACGAGCGGGUCAACACCCAUGUGGCAGAGGCUGAGUUUGAUUAUUCCAAUUGUGGAGUUAAGGACAUCUCCAAGGACCUCAUCGACUUGGAGAGCUACCCAGCCACGCGGCUCCGCUUCACCAAGUGUUUCAGCUUUGCCAAUGUGGAGUCAGAGAACUCCUACCUGACACAGCGGGCCCGCUUCUUCACGGAGAAUGAGGGCCUAGAUGACUACAUGGAGGCCAGGGAGGGGAUGCACCUCAAAAACGUGGACUUCAAAGAAUACAUGGUGGCCUUUUCUGACCCAGACAACCUGCCUUGGUAUGUAUCCCACUAUGUCUUCUGGGUGGCGGCUCUGCUGACCCUAUCGUGGCCCCUGCGGGUGCUAAAUGAAUACCGCACCUCUUAUGUCCAUUACCAUGUGGAGAAACUCUUUGGGUUUGACUAUGUGGCGGUGACACCAGCCGAGGAGCGCUCAUUCUGCCGGAGGAUGCCCCGUGUCAACACGGUGGACAGCACCGAGCUGGAGUGGCACAUCCGAUCCAACCAGCAGCUGGUGCCCAGCUACUCAGAAGCGGUCUUGAUGGACUUGGUGGGGCUCUCUGGCUGCACUAGCUACUCUGCUUGCCGGUAUGGGGGCUACCGGCAGAACUGCGAGCGGUGCCACAGGACUAUAAGCAGCUCCUCCAUCUUCUCCCGCAGUGCCCUGAGCAUCUGCAAUGGCAGCCCCAGGAUCCCCUUCAGCAGCAGCCGUUUCUCCCUGGGCCGCCUGUACGGCUCACGACGCAGCUGCCUCUGGCAGAGCCGGAGCGGGAGCCUGAACGAGCAGAGCUGCCCCACUGAGCAGACCCGCCUCUCCAGCCAGGUGACUGUGGAGGAGGAAGACCCCCCUCCUUACCAGGACGCGCUCUACUUCCCCAUCCUCAUCGUGCACCGCAACGAAGGCUGCCUGAACCACGAUCACCGUCACCUCCAUCGCAACGGGUCCUGCGUGGAGACCUCGCUGUGAAAGCAGAGGGCGACCACGCUCCGACUGUUACUCUGUUCUCACUGCUGGGAAUGGCACCACCUCCAGAGGAUCCCAGACUCGGCUCCUUAGGAAGCUUCGGCACGCCAGCUCUGAGAGUCAGCAUCCCCUAGGUAAAGGGCUUUCUGUUUGGGAUUAUAGCAGGCAGGCAGCAGCGGGGAAGGGAUGAAUGUUCAAACCCAGAUGGAGCAGAGAUCUCUGGCACUACUGAUCUGCUUGCUGGAGGAACACUCAGCUGGAAAGAGAAAAUGGGAGGCCUCGGGUGAGCUGGGGAAGGGGGAGAGGAUAGCACUGGGACAGGCAUCGUGGUAAUAGGUGACGUGUCGAGUGGCUGGGGUCCCUUCCUAGCUUUGAAGUGAGUCCUAAUCAGUUCAUACAAGCAUCAGGGAAGGCUCUGGUAGGUUCAGUUGCGGUUCACCUAUUGAUAAUAGAGCAGCAGGUUAGUGCGUGUCUGGAAGAGUGAUUUUUGCAUAAGAUAAGGAUGGGCUCUGGCUGCAGACUCUGAGCUGCAGGCUCCUGGCAGCCUGGUUUUGGCAGAGAGCUCUGAGGGACUAGGAGGGAAGAGAUGCAAAAAAGCAUGCUGGAGCAUCGGGAACCUGGGCUGGGAAAUAAGGAGCAAAGGGAUUCCCUUUCUGUGGGGCCCCAUUGUGGGUGCAGGACACACAGGUGGGAGACAUGGAGGUAUCUGCUCUGAGGGAUGCUCUGCUGGGGAUAUGUUAGAGGGGAAUCUGCUUAAAACUGAGUGUUUUGCACUACAAAGGUUUUUGCAGAGAGGUGCCAGGCCGUGAGAAGUGAGGUAGCUUCUGUGCAGCCCUUUAGCCCCUGCGUUCCUCUGCCUCACUCUUGUCAGGACAGGCUGGCCUGCUCUGAGGUUUGUGCUGCCCCUUCUGUCCUGCUGAAAGGGGUCUCAGUGAUGUUGGGCAAGGAGCCUUCAUGUCACUGAAGCUGUAUCAGUGGCUGCAGCAUGCAGGUACCCAGAUUUUCCUUUUCUGUCAACACGUUGCUGGAUCCCUCGUGUCCCUGUUCUCAGAAAAUCUUGUCUCCUUUUCAGUCAGCUCUUUAGGGGAGUGCAUGCAAAAUCAGCCAGCAAUUUCUUCAGACAGUACUGCUCCUCAGCCUCACCACGCUUCCCUCAUCAGCUGGGGCAAACAACAGCUGAGAGCAGUAGGUCUUGGGUGACAAGAGCAUUCCAUUAGCACCUGGGCUUUUGAGCUUGGUGUCUGCUUCCACAUCCAUUGCAGAAGGGCAAGAUGUAACAAAGAGUGAAGCAUGUAGUCUAGCCCAUCUUCCUCCUGCCAACUGUUAAUGAAGAGUCUGGUUCUGUCAUGCUGCUGUACUGCUUCAUCUCCCAGGUCUUGGGGAGGCUGCAAGUGCACUGUUCCACCAUAUCAGUCAGCUUUUGAAAAUCAUUUCUUGCUGGCAAGCCUGGAGCAGCCAGGGCCUGUGGGCAUUGUUAAGGCUUCACUUGGCUUUUGUCUGUUCUUCUACUCUUUGUGUCUUGUGUGUCCUGGUCAGCAUCUCUUGCCCUUCAGAUCAUCUUCCCCUUCUGGAUCUCAAGUGCUAGACUCUAAACAAUGGUUGUCUGAAUAAAGGCCCUGAAAAUCCCACUCUGAUUCUGUCUUGUAAUCUGGCCUUACUCUCACUACCAGACCUAGAUGUUGGCUUAAAUAAGAUGGUUGCUUUGAGAACAGGGAAGCACAAGGUCUCCAGUUUGGGCAAAUCCCUCUCUGUGUUUUGUUCUCAUUAUUACUGGCACAGAUUCAGACUGGGUGACAGCAGUUACAGCCCCCUUGGCUGCCCUGGGAUUUCCUUGCUUAGUGAUGAUAUUUGGCUUGCAGUGCACUUGUUCUGCUCUCUCCAAGGGCUUAAUGUAAGCCAAGGCCAAUGCUGAGCAUCCUUGUGACUCUGGGGUGAUAAUGGUAUGUGCUUGUACGUCCCAGUGAAUCAGGAGAUGUUCAGUCGGUGGAGCUGCAACAGUGAGGAAUGUGGUCCAUUUGCCCUUCUCAACACAUUCUCUUUGAAAUCUCAUACACACUGCUUAAAUUAGGCUGUGAUGGCACAUCUUUCUAUCUCCAGCCUUCAAGGUGCCUUGGACAGAUGGAUUUAUCUAGGAUUUGGCAGGCCUUUUAGCACCCUGGAGCAAAGACAGUCCUCACAGUAGAGACAGAUUAGUGGGGUCUCUGUGCCCCUGUUCUUUAGCACCUGCAGUAGAGUUCUGCUUUCAGGCACAUUGUCUUGGCUCUUUCCGGGCCUUUUCAUGAGAUUGCUUCAACUUGUUCCUCUGGCCCCAUUUUCACCCACGAAAUCUUAUUCUGGAGGUGGUCUGUCCAGGUGGACACAUGUAUCUUAGAGCCACAGCUGCUGCUCUGGCCAGCAGUAUCUGUGCAGAGUCUCCCUGUUGCUGAACACCUUCCCCAUACACAUAGUGUCAGUGGCAGCUGAGUCCCAGAUGUAGUCCCAGUGCUACAGUCUGUGGCUGUACCAGACCCAGAGCACCCUGGAGAAGUGGGACCUCUCUAGUCAGUGCUGCCCACUGUGUGCCAGGAUUUCUUGGAGAUCCUUUCUUCAUAUUCCUGGCUCUGCUACCCCAUUGCACCUGGUGGAGCUUCCCCCUGGUCCCAGUCCAUCUUACUCCAUUCUCACCAGGCUGGAGACCUUCCUGCCCUCUCUUAGGCUCAGGAAAGGGGGAUGGCAGAUAUGGGCAUGGAAGGGGAGCAGGACUGAGCAGGAGGGACAGGAGCUGCCUGGUGACUUGUCAGAGAAGUGGUGGAACUGAAGAGGACAGACUGAAACUGGGAUUGUGCUCCCCUCUCCUCCCCACCUGCAACAGCAGGACAGCAUAUCUAGCCAGGCAGGGAAGUUCAUAGCAGAGAACUGUGCUCUCCCUUCCCAUUCCCGGCAUGGGACACAGCUGGCAGAAAGGGUAUGCGUGUAUAGGUUUCCUCCUAAGUGUUGGUGAGGGACCCUAGGGCCUUGGGCAGAGGGCAACUGAUUUAGUUCUCCUUGCAGCUCAGGCUAUCAGCACAGACAUCCAGAGACGGUCUGUCCCUGUUCUGGUGCAUAGCCUCUCCGUGAUGGAGUGGUCCCAUCUCCUCGGCACACAGACAUCCACCUGCCACAGCUCCUUGGUGAGCAGCAGUCAGGAGUCUGCUCUUCCUGCAGACUCGUGUCUGCUCUCUGCCGUGUCUGUGUCGAUGAUGACGAUUCCUUUGGCAGCUCAUUUGACGGCCCAGCUUGCUCCUCUCAUGAUAGCCUGCUCCCUUAAAUCUAACCUGAAUCCUCCCUGCUGUAUCUUAAUCCCAUUACUUCUCCUUCAUUGACUGGUGAGUCUAAUUGGCUCAGCUCCUUUUCCCCAUGGCCUUACCAACACAAGCAGGCGUUAUCUGGUCUCUGCAGCCUUCCCUUCACCAGUCCCAGGGUCUUCUUUCCCCCAGGAUCUCACUGGGCAAACCCUGGCUUGCAUGGUGGUGCAGAAGUUUUUCCUGUGUAGUAAGUCCGUCCUUCCUGCUCUGAGCCUGGUCUGAGCAAGAGGAGAGGGCCAAAGGCAUAAGCAAUGCCUUGGUCUGUCAGGGUGGCUGUGUCCUCAUUUCUGGUGCAGAAGAUCUCUUCAAAGUAAGUGAAGUACACAGCUGCUGGAAAGCAAGGAAAGCAGGACAGCCUGCAUCACCCUCUGGGAAGGUGAAAGCCAGGUGCUUGUCAGUACGAGGGGGCAACAACUAGAGGAUCUCUGCAGUCAGACGGCUUUGUUUUUUUCCAUACGUCAUUCACCCAUUGCAGCUUUCCAUGGGCCAAGAGCCAGGCUCAACAUUGCACUUAUCAGCAGGCUUUCCUCGCAUUCUGGGAUGAGUGAGGUGGGAAUCCUGCCAGCUCCUCUUCCUGGCCCUUCAUGGCACUUAUACAUCCCUAGAAGAGAGCUAGUCCUUACUGCUGCAAGGCUGGACAAUAAGUUUGGGCUAUUGGGUGUUUCCUUUUGCUGCCAGUAUUCUUGUCAGGUACUUAAAAGCUCUCCAGCUUUCCUGAACUAGAGGAGAGAGAAUGAGCAUGUAAGAAGCUCUGGAUUAGAUGAUCUUCAAGACACAUCACCACCCAUUUAUCCAUCUUCCAGCACACAGAGGAAGCUUCCCAGAUAGUGCCUAGCACUUUGCUUGCACAGAACCAGGUGGUGACACCAGCCAGCCUGGUGGUACUUGUUGAGCCCACUGUGUAUGAUGUAGACCUCACCAAGGAGGGAGUUUUCAGAGAGGGAUUUUGGGCUGAGCAACUGUAGGGGCAUUUGUUAGGACAGGAAGAGGGAAUCUCAGUUUAUAGCCAAGGCCAAGCCUUCCAGAGUCACAAGGAUUAGUGCUGGGGAAGCUGCUGUUCUUCUGAUGUCAAACAAGCACACCCCCUUCCCUUUCUGCUCCCCAUAAAAUGCACAUGUUAGAGACCCAGCGUGUCCCUGCCCUCUUUAUUGUCUCUCCACUCAAGAGGCUGCAGAGCUGUUUAGUAACUCUGAUGGGUGCCCAUGGGGAGGGAGGAAGAGGUUUAAGUGAAAGUUUAAGAGAGUUAGGUAGCAUCUAAUGUUGGUUAAACAGUGCCUGAUGAUUAGCUUGUGGGAAGAACAGUACCUUUUAAGCUCUUCUUCCAGCCUUCCUAACCAUGGCUUCGGUCCUGCUGUCUAGUAUCACCAGGGUGCUGCCUUAUUUUUAGCAGGGUACAACUUUGCUGCGAUGUGCUCCUACUCUACUGCAGUAGCGGUAGGGCAUGGGUCUGAAAUACUACACUACCACCAAGAAUUUGUAUUACCAAAGAGCUAUAAGUCUCAAUUUGUGAUACGUGCUUCUAAUCAUGUUUCAUUCAUACUCAGUCGUUAGAAUAAGGUCUAUAUGAAUAUGAUCUGGAUCCAGAUAAUCUCAGAAAAGGGAUACAGUUUUAGCUCUGCUGCCUCCUGUGAUGCACGUGGGCCUAGAGUCUCCACUGAGCCAGGUAUGCAUGGGGACCAAAGGCUGGUUCAUAGGACCUGGGAGCCCAGUGGGGACUUGGGGCUGAGCCUGCCUAGGGCUCUUUUACCUGUGGGCAUUCUGCAAAAAGGGGAGAGGGGCUUAGUCACAUUUCAGGUAGAAAUUAAUGGGCUAUGUUCAUUCCUAGUGCAAUUUUAUUGAAGCCAGUGGUACUAUACCAAUGUGAGCUUGGCUUAGUGAGUCCUCAGAGUGGUCUGUCCAUGAGACCAGACAAAUUGAUCUGUCAUAGUGUUGCCUUGAUGCAUAGAGUUCAUGUUGGGAUUUGGCCAACAUGAAUGAAUGUUGAAUAUCUACUGUCUCUGAAAGCAGUGGGUUGAAUUGUUCUGCUCUACUGCCUCCAUCACAGCUGCUCUACCAAGGGAAAUGUUACGCCUAUGGAUGCGAUCUCAUCAACUCCCUCAAAAACAAGCUAACAAGCAAAUUGACCUCCACUGCACUGGGAGAGGAGCCUUCUCCCACAGGAACGUAGCCUUUCCACACACAAGGGAAAAGAGGUCCCAAGGACAAAACUGAAGCUGCAAGACCGAUGGCCUCAUAGCCUCCCCUUCUUCCUUCCCUCCUCACCUUGUCUGUCUGUCUUGGGGGAGGGUUAGUUUCUUUGUGGAGUUCAGCAAGCUCCUCUUCCUGCAGCUCAUAAACAGGCUCUAUUAACAGGUACAUUGUCCACCUAUGCAACACUUCCAGAAGCUGCCGAGUUUUCAGGAGCCCAUUACAGUGUGCAGCAUGGCCAUCCAGCACUGAGAAUAAGCACAGUGGCUGCUGGAAAGCUAAGUGGGUUUUAUUCCUCCCCUGCUCCUGAGAAAGACUGUUUUUGUGGGGAUUUUUGUUUGUUAAUUUGGUUUUCGUAAACUUCAUUUGGGGAAAUGAAGCUUGUGAGAAAUUGGUGCCCAUCCUGAACCUUUGAACUUUGGGAACGGAUGUAUCACCUACUGUGAUUAUAAUUUAGCGGAUUUUGUAGAGCAAAGUAACUUCACACACAGACACAUGAGGUUCUUUCACACUCCAUCAGCCCAAGCUGCUUCUGCAAUCUUAGCUACUCACAUUAGCGAAAGAAAAAGCCUAGCUAGAAUGUGGUGAGAUGACUUAGUAUUUUGUAUCAGUCCCAUGGUCCCAAUGUCCAUUAGCAGCACCGUCAGCUGCCGUGCCAUGAAUCUGGACUUUGGAUGGCAGUCCCUGAACCGAUCGGGGUGAAAAUGUUUGGAAAAACCCAAGCCUGAUCUCUCCAGAAGAAAAUGCAGAGAGAGGAUCAGCUGAAAGCAGCCGUCACCUCCUACUCAGCCCAGCCAGAAGCUGGUGGGGUCUGUUUAUGCAGCACCUGCCCUCCCAGGGAAACCCUGUCCCCGGGGGCCGAGCAGAGCAGAAUGAAAAUUAUGGUGCAUCUGACGAAGCAGCAGGCACAGCACCGUUCAACCAGCUGGGGAAAAAGUGGUGACACAGAGAACCCAAAAUAAUAGGAUUUCACUUUGGAAAUGCCAAGGACUGUCUCAAACUGAAAUGAGACUAAAAGGCCUUAACAGUUGUGGGAAGUGUUUCAGGUUGCUGUUCCUUGCUUAAAAAAAAAAUGAAGUUUUGAUGAUGAAGUGGGUUUAAACACCAGCCAGCUCUGUUAGAAAUGUGAAGUGUUAGUGGAGAAGAAAUGCUCAGGGAAGAUUGGGAUGGUGCCCCUGUGUUUUUGCAGUGGGGUAGACUGAUCAGGAACAGAGGAUGGAGGGUAAAAUCUUCCUCUGCCCUGGGAGGUGUGACCUGGCCGUACACCCACAUAUGUGUGUGUGUGUCAGUGAGGGCUUACGCGUGCUUGUGUGCGUGGCCAGGACCUGUGGCCCCUCAGAGGGUUGAUGUGUUUGUGACUUUGGUUCAGUCUCACCCAUCCAUCCUUGCAGCAAGGGCUUUGCAGGGUGACAGAGCAUUGCUUAUUCCUCAUAAGAGGUAACUCCUGACCUGUUUUUUGUGAGGAGAUGGUGUGAAGUGUCAUAUUUGCUGCAGCGAGUGGCAGGGAGCAGGGAUAAAAGCAUGGAACAAGCUGUGUUUGAGAACAAGCUAAUCUCUUGCUGGCUGCCUGAAACAGAAAUGCUGCUGGAUCUGCUCCCUGACCAAUACUCUCCAGCUCUUCUCACCCUCCCCAAACCUGAUGUGCAAACUGUCAUUCCUCUGAGCUAGCAAAAGCACCCCCCCCCCGAACUCCUCUGAGGCUGUGCAUUCGCAUCAUUUCGGUCCACUCCCUGCUAGGUGCUGUGGGCUGGCGGUGAAAUGCCAGCAGACAUGCGAUGACCUCAGGCGUUCUGGUGGCCAGACUUCACCACAACCUGCUGGUUUGCCUGUGCACAGCCUUCCAGCAAUGCUCCCUGCCCUGGCAUGCCUCAUGCUUGCUUGGCGGAGAGACAGCACAGCCUGCAGAGCAUUGCAGCAUGUCCUGGCCUCACUUCUGCAUCGCUUUAUGCUUUCUUAGAGAAUUUCACAGUGCUUAUUCGAGCCUUUGUAGGCAGGGUAAGUUCAGCAGACUGAAAUUAGAAAACAGAAGGCCUUAACAUUUUGGUGGUCCUGAUCUGCAGAGCCCCGGUGCUUGUCCCUGGGGAGGAGAGAUAGGUCGGCUGUUGUGACAGUGUGGGACCAGGGGACAGGGUCAUGGUGAAAGCAGCAUGUCUGCUGGGGGAAUCUCCAGACAUAGGCUUCGUGCUUUUCCGCUGGGGCUGAGGGCAGCUUUGCUGAACAAGAUGCAGCUGAUGGAGGAGCUGGCUGAGGAGGGCAGAAUAGCAUGUGAAUGCUGAGCAAGACAUGUGGAGAGGAGGGGCUGUAGGAGGACAGCUGUAAAAGGCUUUGCAGAUGCGAUGGUUUUUACAGGAGAGAGAAGACAAGACAGGGCAGGGGGCUGCUGUGCUGGAGCAGUGGUGCUGCAAGGGAGCAGGGCACUUGAUGAAGAAGCUGGGGAACAAUGCAGACAUUCAAAACAAGCUGUGCAUGGUCUGGCUGAGGAGACAGGCAGGAGGUAUUUCCAAGCUGAGGUGCUCAGGCCAAGCCUCGCUGCAUUGUCAGGGCGGUGAUGUUUCCUCUAAGCCCAGCACUGACAGCUUGAGCACGUGUCACCAAACCGCAGUGGCUAAUGCAGCCACAAGGUGUAAAUGUCACUAAUGAAUAAAUUGCCUUGUGCCUUGGAGAGGCUAAUCCAUCACAGCCAGGGAUAGAGAUCUGACAGGCUUGGCUAUUUCAGGCAUAGCCUGUAGGGAGGAGGAACGCUUCAUUUCUGAGCCAUCCCCUUUGCCUAGGGAAGCUGAUGCAAGGCUUGGCUCUGUGCUGCUCCCCAGCCUCCCAGCUGCAUGAGCUCAGGCUUCAUCUCUCUUCACUGCUACCAAAGGAAGAAGCAGGACAUGGUCCAGGUUAGCCAAAAAUGUCCUGUCAGCAGGGCAGUGUGUGGCCCCAGCCAGGGCUAGCUGUUGAGGGAGUUUGGAGGGAGGUUGCUGCACACAGGGCAUGGGUGGUGUAGGUGCUGACAGGAUAAAGCAGUGGGUCCCCAGCGAUCAGGAGAACUUGCCUCUGUUGUCUGUGGUACAGAGCCAUUGCCUGCACCAUGCAUGUUUCAGGCUUGGUGCUGUGUUUUACAAAUGUGCCAUUUACUCCCCAAUCCAGUUUCACCAUUUGCCCCUGUAAGAGGCGACCUGGAAAUGCUCCAAGCCUGCCCCACCCCAAGCCCUCAUCCAGUCUGGAGACAGCUCUGCUAUGCUGUUCUGGGGGCAGCGCACAGUCUCCCCCAUUUUCCCCCCUGCUGCUGAACCCUAGCCAUCAGCACCUGGGCUGUCUGUGCAGAGGGCCAGCAGGUACCCAUCAGGCAGGGACACAAGCUCAGCAUGGAUAAAUCCAUCUCCAUGGGAGCAAAGGGAAGCCGAACACAGCGACCAUUCCCAUGCACAGCCUCUGUCCAUCCCUGCAGCAGCCUGCUCCUCUACCCCCAGUCAGGGCUCAAAGUCAACCUGCCAUCCUGUUUACAACAUAUGCCAGCAUAACACCUUGAAAAUUGAUGUCUGGGUCACUGUGAGCAGAAGCUGCCAGGCUUGGGAAGCUGGCCACCGGCUCCUGUGCUCGGAGUAGCGGAAGCAGGGUUUGCCAUCUGCUGCAGGAGGGAGCCAGCUGGGCACACCCGCUCCAGCCCGAUGGGGCACCCACUGGCGUAGUUCAAGUGCAAGCCUUUGUGUCAUUCCCUCUCCUUUACUUCCUGGCCACCCUCCCCAUCACCCACCAUCUCUGGCACAGACCCACGGGCAGGGGGGUUCCUCCCAGCUCAGCUGGGGUCCUUCUGCUGCUGAGUGCUGCUUGUGCUGCAUCAGUGGAUGGCAGUGGGAGGGAAGACCAGCUCCCAGACAAGACACCAGAGGUCAUUCCCUCCAGAUGGAGUCCCACAGCAGAUCUCCCCUCCUCAAAGCCCCUCAGUACUCCUUGGGGAUGGAUCUCAUGGGAGAGCUAAGGGGUCUGUACUGGUCCUGUGCUGGCACAUGCACUACCCAGCACAGACUGACCUGCUAGUUACCACUCUGCAAGGCAGUCCCACACCAUGGUAACUGGAUCUGAAGCUGUCAGGUGACCCACCAACAAUGUGAGCAUUCACACUCAGACAAUCUGUUGUUGCUGUCAGGGCUUUCAUUUUAACCAAUGUGUAUAGCAUUUGAAAUGGUUUCAGUCCUUGCGAACUGGUGGAUAGUGAACUGUUGGUCUUGGGUGUGGGUGAGUGGUGCAGGCUGCUUGGUUUGGGCUUUGCUUUUUGGCCAAAAGAUUGAUGGGAGGGAAAGAAAAACAUUCUUCAGGCAGCAGCUACCUGUCCAGACACUCUUGCGUGGCAGCCCAGGAGUGGGUUUGAAGGAUGCUCAGGUGCUAUUAACAGUCUUGGCCAUUUGCAGGAAGAGGAGCUGUGAGUAUCCUGGAAUGCAAGCCAACAGUUGUUCUGGUGAUGAUACAUUUUCCCAAGUCCUUUUCUUUCCAUCCCUGUUUCUCACUGGUUCUGGCGGCCAGUUCCUUCUCGUGUCUGCUAGCAUGUCUGAGAGAUCUCAUUGCUGCCCUCCCAGCACGAGCUUUCAUUACACAACUGGCUGACCCAACACAGCCCUGUACUUGGAGCUACAGACAGGCUUGCCCAGGACCAUGCCACCCUCAUUAAGCCCCCACCCCACCCUUGUUGCUGGAGCUGUUCUUUCAUCAGCCUGAUGCUGAUCUGGGUCUUUUCUGCUGUUUCUGAACACGAGUUCUCAUCUCAUUCAGGUGUGUCAUUCAGUGGAAGUAUUUUGUAAAUGCAAAUAAAAACAAAUAAAUCUAUUCAAUACCUCGGUCUCGAGGAUGGGAAGUAAGUAGUGGGAGACACCCAGGUGAGGAGGGUUCACAGCUGCUGUAGCUGGUUAGGAUUUCUUGUGGAUGUAGCCUCUGGAGCAUCUGUGAAUAGUUGGGAAGGGAGCUACACAGACCUGUGAGGGCUCAGGGCUGAGCCCUGUCGGUACCCCUCACAUGCCCACCGCUGCCAGGGACAGCCUUGCACUCCAUCCUUUCUGAUCUAUAAGGGUGUGAAAUGGUGCGGGUAAAGGUCUUGCUGGCUGGGGACUGACAGCCGGCAACACUGUGGGUGUCUGUAUCCAUCAGGUGGAGCAAGGCAGAAGCGGGUAUGUGGCGAACAAAUUCUUUUGUGAACACUGGGAAACAGUUUUUACUUUUCAACUCUGUCAAUAUGAUCUAGCUCUGUCUGUCUCUCUAUAUAUGUACAAACAGUAUAUCACAAUGUUGCCUUUUUUGUUGGAAAUAUCAAAGUACAAAGAUUGUAAACCAAAUCGGUGUAAUAAAAGUUUCAGAUGAUUCACUGA